AAAUUGUAGGUACUGUUGUCAUUUGUUCCUUCAGAAGUCGAACAGACAAGUUGAUGUCGGUUUGGUAUGGUCGUAUGACGAUAAACUCUGCGUGCAGACGAAUCGAAUCAAGUGAUCGGAACUAGUUUGGAACGUUUAAGUUCUUGUGUUGUUUUUUUUAAUCUGAUCACGAUGACACCAAAUCCAAUAUUUGGUGGACCCAACACAUUUACCAUGUCCCAGACAGUAGUUCAAGAUGCCAAAGCUAUUUUCAGAGGAGAUCUACCAGACGCACCCACAUCUGCUGAGCCUCUUCAGAUAAUAAGCAAUGGAAAAACUGGGAAGAUGGCUAAUGGUAAUUCAGGAACCGUCACCAUAAAGAAACCCAUCAAUCCAAAAUAUGCACCAUUACCCACCUAUAAAUGGCACAUAGUGUGGAGAAAUGUCAUAGCAUUUGUUUAUCUCCACGUCUUCUCUGUUUAUGGGUUGUACCUGGUAUUUUUCAAAGCCCACGCGCUCACUAAUAUGUGGAUGGUGUUCAUCGCAAUGGCUGCCGGUCAAGGAAUCACGUCAGGAGCACAUAGGUUAUGGGCCCAUAGAACAUAUAAGGCUAGACUCCCACUUCGAAUAUUCCUGGCCGCAAUGCAGACGAUCGCCUUCCAAAAUCAUCUUUACGAGUGGGUUCGAGACCACAGAGUGCAUCACAAAUUUACUGAUACUGAUGCUGAUCCACACAAUGCGAGGAGAGGUUUCUUCUUCUCACAUAUCGGCUGGUUGAUGCUGAAAAAGCAUAGAGAUGUAUUCUUGAAGGGAAAGCAGGUUGAUUUGAGUGAUCUGAGAGCCGAUCCUGUUGUUAUGUUCCAGAAGAAAUACUAUCUCAUCCUCAUGCCAAUUCUGUGUUUUGUGUUCCCAACUGUUGUACCAUGGUACUACUGGGGUGAAAACUUUUGGGUCUCAUGGUAUGUUGCUGGAGUCUUGAGAUACACUGUAUCUCUGAAUAUCACUUGGUUGGUUAACAGUGCAGCUCAUAUUUGGGGUAUGAAGCCAUAUGACAAGGGAAUCAAUCCUACCGAAAAUAUUUUCGUUGCCAUCGCAGCUCAAGGUGAAGGAUGGCACAACUACCAUCAUGUUUUCCCUUGGGACUACAAGGCAGCAGAAUUGGGCAACUACAGAAUGAACAUAAGUACUGCUUUCUUGGACUUCAUGCAUUUCAUUGGUCAAGCAUAUGACCUCAAAACAGCAACCAAGGAAAUGAUUGAUAAGAGGGCUAAAAGAACAGGAGAUGGUUCUAGGAAGCUAAACCAAAGUGAUGACGUUGAUCCAGGCUAUCAUAGCUACCUGGAUGAUGGAGAACAUCUUUGGGGAUGGGGAGACAAAGACAUGAAGGAUGAUGAAGUCGAGGGGAUUCUGAAAACCAACAAUUUAAAAGAUCGAUGAGAAUGGAGACUCAAUAUUAGUAUUAUAUUAUAAAAAAUUAUUUAUUAUUAUUAUUUCUGUGCAGUGAACCUUCUCAACGAUAUUGACAAUCCUUAUUUUCUGGUACCUUCUCCAUUAAAUUAUUGUUUUCGUGUAGGUGGUAGAAAUUCAACAAACUCUUGGUGAUAUUGGUUCCUCAAUCCCUUCCUUUUAUCUAAUCCUAAUGGUUCAGGUAAAUUACCAUAGUAGAUUCCUCCACUAAAAUACAAUUUUUGUUACCAUAUGCGAUUUUCAAUAAGCAGUUAUUGUUACUCUGAUAUUUGUUAUGUAAGCUGUUUUAUUUAUGUUGAAUCUUAUUUCAUUCGAAUAAAAAUAUUUCGAAAUUA